CAUGUUUGUCUAUUAUCAUCUUCCAGAUUGAUGGAAGAGAAGUGGACCCCAAAACUAUCAGUGUCUCUAUCUGAUUACUAACUGCCAGUCUGAUUGAACUGGGUUCCCUGUUUUUUUUAAGCGACAUUUUUUUUCCCUGAAGUUUGUCUCAGUAGACACAGUGGGGUUGGCUGCAGUGCUAUACUUGGGUUUUUCUGGGAUAUUUAGCUACUGGACUACAUCAGCUGGAAUUCUACAGGUAUCAGGAGACUCAAAAUGGCUAAAGGAAGUUCGGGAGUUAGGGCUUUCCAAGGACUGCUCAUUUUUGGAAAUGUGGUCAUUAUGUUAUGUGGCAUUGCAUUGACGGCUGAAUGCAUCUUCCACGUUUCAGAUCAGUACAGGCUCUGGCCUUUGCUUGCAGCUGCUGAUAACACUGAUAUUUUUGCUGCUGCAUGGAUUGGUCUCUUUGUUGGCUUUUGCCUGUUUUUGCUGAGCAUUGUUGGUAUAUUUGGAAUCAUGAAGUCAGCCAAGAAAGUUAUUUUGACAUACCUUGUACUGAUGAUAAUUGUUUACAUCUUUGAAGUUGCCUCCUGUAUCACAGCUGCAACACAGCGAGACUAUUUUGUUCCGAAUUUCUUCCUCAAACAAAUGCUGCAGCUGUAUUCUAACAGAAAAUGGCAGAAUGAAGCAGAGUUUAGGAAGUAUGUAGAUGUCACAAAUACUUGGAAUAACAUCAUGCCUGAGAAUAAAUGCUGUGGUGUAAAUGGGCCUGAAGACUGGAUUAAUUUUAACUCUGAGUUCAGAUCAAAGCAUAACGAUUCUGACUUUCCCUGGCCUCGACAGUGUUGUACCACAACCUCUUUUGGCCAAAUCAUCAAUCUUGAUGCAUGCAAGCUUGGUGCCAAUGGCUAUAUUUAUAAUCAGGGUUGCUAUGAAGCUAUCUCAGGAGCUCUGAAUAGACACGCUUGGGGUGUCGCAUGGUUUGGAUUUGCCAUCCUUUGUUGGACAUUUUUUGUCCUUGUUGGUACAAUGUACUACUAUGCUGUCCUGGAUGGUUGAAUUGGACUUCUAAUGGAUUUGAAUUGAAUGAUUUCUAACUAUCUACUACUUGGCAAUACUGAGGAGAUCACACUUAAACUGUGCCUGUGAUGUAUUGGGAAUUGGAAUUGUAUAACAUUUUGUACUUGGCUACAUCUUGGCCUGAUGUAAGGCUUCUUGAACUAGUUUUAAUUCUUGCCUAGUUUCUUAUUGAGCAAUCUUCUAUGGAAUCAUGAAUUUGAACCCAUUGUCCACUGCUAUAACCGUGCCAUAACCAGUUGACUCCUGUUGAAAAUUAGAUUUUUCACUCCCUAUAUUUGCCUAUUUAGUUAAGAGCGUGUUUGCCAAGACCUCUGUAUAAAUAUUAGCUUGCCUUGAUUUAUAAAUGUCUUUUAACUGCUCUGUGAAUGGUAGAUUUAAAUUUAUCCUUGUCUGCUAGGAAUAGUGGGCACUACUUUUGGAAUUUGGAAUUUGACAAUUUGGAAAGGAUGUAUGUACUUGAAGUCAUUCCACAAUCAUGUUAAUUCCAAUUUUCCCUUCAGCCUUGAAUCUAUUAUUUUAAGUCUCGCAACUAUCCACUUCAGUUUAAAAAAAAAAAAAAUUGUUUACUAUCAUUUUUCAUUUUAAGUAUUGAACUGUAUGAACAAUAAAAUUGGUCGCCGAAGUUGUAGUGUUUUGUAUACAAUGUAAGCUGAAUAUAACUGUGCUGUAGAUGCUUCACAAAUCUUAAGUACAGAGUACAAAAAUGCAGGUAAAUUUAGAUUGUAUUAGUUCUACCUGUAAGCAGAUCAUAAGUUAAACAUGUACAGUAUAGGUUUUCUUUAUCUGUUAAUAUAUGAAAACAUUAAUUUUCAAUAAAUUAUGAACA